UUCCAUCAUUGGCUCUCAUAUUUUUCUUGUCCUCCCCAUCGCUAGCUAGCUUUGCAAUAUUGUUUGUCGGUCUCGUUAGGCAUGGCAUCUCCAGGUAAGCUGGAAGUAGAAAUGGAGAUCAAGUCUCCCACCGAUAAGUUCUGGGAAAGCAUCAGAAGCUCCACCACCCUCUUCCCCAAGGUCUUAUCUGAUUACUACGAGAGAAUUGAAGUUGUUGAGGGUGAUGGAAAGAGCGAGGGCUCCGUCAGGCUGGUCAAAUACACUAGUACUGGAGGAAUUCCUGUGAUAACGAUGUCCAAGGAGAGAAUCGACCUGGUGGAUGAAGCAAACAAGGUGGAAGCUUACAGCGCCAUUGAAGGAGACAUAUUAAAAUUCUACAAGCAUUUCAGGGCGAGGGUACAUGUCACUACAGCGGGUGGUGAUGAUAAGAAGAAGGUGGUGAAAUGGUCGUGCGAAUUUGACAAGGCUAGCGACGAGGUGCCUGAUCCCCACCUCGUUCAAGACUUUGCAACCAAGACUUUGAAGGCAUUGGACGACUACCUUGUCAAUAAUGCCUAGAGAUCCCUAUAUAUGUUCGCUGUUGUAGCUAGGGGAGCUAGAUUAUUGCAAUAACAAGUAUGAGAUGCUGUGGAUUAGGAUUUAAUUAGGAGCCCCACAGCACAUCACUGUUGGAUUAAUUCCGAUUAGGUGGUAGCUAGCUUAUUGGUUACCGUACGUACGUGGAAGAUUAUUAGUAGAUAUCAUAUAUAUUAUAUAUAUAUAUAUAUAUAUAUAUAUAUUGGUCAGAUUAAUCUUCUCUAUCUUUAAUGAACUAGUAGCUGAGAUUUGUCAUC